UAGUAAUGCUCUCAGGAGAAUAACAGCACAACAUUUCGCCGGAGCUGCUCAGGAUUAACGCACAUCCAGCACUCUCUUCUUGUUCUUCAACACGAAAAACAGAAUUAUCUUCAUAAUGGGGGAAAAUAUGGUCAUCAUGGAUGAGCUUUGCGAAAUGGAUUGCAACGUUUUAAAAAGGUUAUUGAAGGACGACAGUGCGAAAUGCCUGGUGCUGGACUGCAGAUCUUUCCUUGCGUUUAGCGCUGGACACAUUCGGAGCGCAGUGAAUAUCCGCUGUAAUACCAUUGUGAGAAGGCGUGCGAAGGGCUCGGUGAGUUUAGACCAGAUUCUAUCCGGUGAUGAAGAGGUCAAAGCCCGGCUGAAAUCAGGACUGUACUCCGCUGUGAUCCUCUACGACGAGAGGACGCCGGACGUAGACACGGUUAAAGACAAUAGCACAAUCACUCUGGUGGUCAAUGCAUUGUACAGGGACACAUUUGGAACUGAAAUAUAUCUACUAAAAGGGGGCUACGACACAUUUUUCACUGAAUAUCCGGAGUUCUGUUUGAAGACCAAAACGUUAUCCUCGUUCUCCACCCAGUCAAGUUUGGACUCCUGUUCUUCCUGCGGAACACCACAGACGUCCCAUCAUGACCAGGCGGGUCCGGUGGAGAUUCUUCCUUUCCUGUACCUUGGCAGUGCCUUCCAUGCCUCCAAAAAGGACAUGCUGGACGGUAUGGGCAUCUCUGCCUUACUAAACGUAUCGUCUAAUUGUCCCAACCACUUUGAGGGGAUCUACCAGUACAAGUGUAUUCCUGUGGAGGACAACCACAAAGAGGACAUCAGCUCCUGGUUCACAGAAGCCAUUGAGUUUAUUGACUCGGUCAAAGACUCUAACGGGCGUGUGCUGGUGCACUGCCAGGCUGGCAUCUCUCGCUCUGCCACCAUCUGCCUGGCCUACCUAAUGAAGAAGAAGCGCGUUCGCCUUGAAGAAGCCUUCGAGUUUGUCAAGCAGCGGCGCAGCAUAAUCUCGCCCAAUUUCAGCUUCAUGGGUCAGCUGCUGCAGUUUGAGUCCCAGGUGCUGGCCACGUCGUGCGCCGCGGAGGCCGCCAGCCCAUCGGCAGCCAGCCUAGGCCCCAAGUCUUCCUCCACCCCCACCUCACCCUUCAUAUUCAGCUUCCCCGUCACCGUGGUAACACACGGCCAACCUAACGGCCUGGCCUACUUGCAGAGCCCAAUCACAACCUCGCCCAGCUCCUGAUGGCCCGCCCCCACAGAGACUCACAGACAUUGACUUUGAACCAUAAGCUGAAAGGUACAUGGACAUUGACAAACUGAGAGUGCCUGUCCAGCUGUCUGACUCAAAAAAAUUAUAUAGAAUAUGGCGCAUGUGCACGCACACGCACACACACACAACCACGCACACACACACACACACUUUGGUGACCAAUAAAUAAGCUUUUUCAACAAGAAAAUAAUAAUAUAAAAACAGCCCAAGAAGAUUGCGGUUCCUGUGCUUUAGAGUGAAGGUACACAUAGGAAGGACAUUGCGGCAAACUUCUAAGUUGCCGUCGAUCUCUUUCAUUUCCUGUGGAGUUUUGGAAAGCCUCUCCAGUCCUGCUGAGAAGGGUGAAUGGCCAUGAGCAGUGAUGCAGAGAAAAUGAAAGAGCCAAGAGGGGAGGGGGACACGGAGAGAAAGAGUGCUCAGUCAUUUAGUGGCUUCCUGAUGGAGAGCAGGAGGCUCUUCAGUUGUGACAGGUGCUCUGCUAGCGUCCUGACCGGCUUCCUGUCCCUGACAUCCCCAUCCUCCCUCCCACGCACCCCCGUCGUCUCCUGGAGGAGGAAUGCUGAUGAACGACUGAAUAAAAGUGUCCCCCCUGCGGAAGAGGAGAGGCCGCUGAGAUGGAGAGACUAGCUUUCUGAGAUGGUGCCAAAUGAACUCCGGAGCCCCUUCAACAUAACCAGGGCAACCCCUGGUGUCCCAUGUAACAGGCUUGGUUGGAUGGACUAACACGCUUUUAAGAUGAAAGCAGGUCUAGUUAUUUAAUUCUUCCGUUUUUUUUGGGGGGGGGGGUCAGUGCCUUCAGAAAAGGAGGUUUUUCCCAGUGCUUUGGGAUGUGCUCCAAGUUCCCCAGCGCCUUUUCUUUUCAAUGAGACCGAGGGAGAUAAAACUGGCAAAUCUUUAACUGACAACAACAAAGCAUUUCUAGUCAACACUGCAAUACAGACAACAUAAUCCUAUCCGUUCCUCUCACAAGUAGAGCAAUAAUGCAUUUCUCUUCCUAGUUACCACCAAAGCAGUAAAUGGUGUUGUGUAUUUCUCAUCAUGGUUUCAGCAUCAUAUGUACGUAUUCGCUCAUUGAUAUGGACCAGAUCUCUUAGAAAGGUUGUUGGCCUUACCAAUCAUUUUUUUAAUUGAUGAGAAUGUUGUUGUCUCUCAUUACUGCAUCGAGACAUUCUGUCUGUCUGUCACUUAGGUACUCUUUCGGUCCAGACCAUGGAUGUUGAUUGGUCUAAUGUUGGAAGAGGGAGCCUUUUAGAAACUGACUGAGCUGGUUACUUGUCUUCUCACUGUUACACCACCAAUGUCUAAUCUGUCCGGUCUACUUUCUUAACUUCUCUGAAUGCACAAUAACCAAUAGGGAUGAUUUCCCCAACUUCGCACAAACACCACUAGGAAACUGACACACUGGUACAACAGACAUCACUGGGAAGAAAAAUGAAAUAUGAGAACGUAGAAAACUGCUAGUUAGUGCUACCACUGGACUGACACCUGUGAAAUGGUACCAGUUUACAUUUGAUGUUCAAGAGAGUUUUCUGAGCAUUUGAGUCAAAUUGCGGUCCAAGCAACUAUUAGAACCAGGAGGAAUGGCUUCUGGGAAAACAGGAUUUAAAUGUUCUUUUUGAAGAAUGUUGGCACCUUUAAUAGAGCACUUUUAAGUGAUGCAAUACUGUUUUAUAAUUUUGAAUUGAUUUGCACAUUAUUACAAAACCAGGUGGUAACUAAUGACUUUUCAUACACCCACUGUUGUUUUAAUGUUUUUGGGUUUGUAAUUGAAGAUGACAGAUGUUCUCUGGUCCACAAUCAUUGAACAAUGCAAUACUUUCUACCUGUGUCAAGUGAAAUGCUGGCAAUAUCAUUCAUCAAGUUGACAUUUUUAAAUGUUUCCCUGUUUUGUUCAAUUGUACAUGCUUUAUUUAUUUCUAAAAUGUAAUUGUUAAAUACAACAAUGUUCUUUA